AUGGUCCAAGAAACCUGCCGUCACCCCCCAACACUUCGGGAUUGUUUCCAAGUGGUCAUCGUCACCGCCUGCCAGGCAGCUCUCAAAUAUCUGACCAAUCCCGGCUGGCAAAGCGGCCAGGCUCUGAUCGUCAAGAUCCUUCAAAAGGCAGACACCAUGAUCUGCGACGGAUUCGAUGACUGA